UGCCAACCACUCUCCCUUUCCAGAAACACAACAAUAGCACCAUAAUAAUUGAAGGCCACCCAGCACCGAUAUAAUAAUAAUCUUCACUUAUUAGCUUCUCCGCCCAUAUUUCUCUAUCCAUAUUCUAUACUCCUCAACACUAGCUAGAGAUGCAGCUGCAAGGUGGUUCUGGUGGAAAAGUAAUCAACCUCACACAUGUUCUGGUUGCGUCUUUUGCCGGAUUGAUUGCCGCGGCGGCCGCCUCACGAUUCCGGCGGCAGAAUUCUAAUAAGGAUAAGAAGAUUAUCCCCAAUCUAGAUAGAACAGAAUCUGGGCGUGUUGGAAAGCUUGAAAAGUUCUCUCACUAUGUUGCGAGGCAAAUGGGAUUCGAGGAUGUAAAUGAGGUGCCAGAGCUUUGUAGAUUGGCCCAUGAGUAUUUAAGAAAGGCCAAAGGAUGUGAAGAAAAUAUCUACGAAUAUUUGGCCAAUGAAAGGGACCCUGAUGUUUUAUACUUAAAAUUGAUAGAUGAGUUUGAUAGAUGCAUCCUCACUUACUUUGCAUUUCACUGGAACCAUGCUUCUUCUCUCAUUAGCCAGGUACUAAGUAUUGAUUCCGGGCAGAAAACAAAGCUGAGGAACAUUCUAUUGGCAGCUACAAGGAAUCAAAGAUUUGAGAGAAUAACGAAGAAUUUGAAGGUAGCAAGAGUUUUCAACACAUUGGUGGAAGAGAUGAAAGCAAUAAAAGGUGACUCAUCGCAUUGUACGGAAGUGAUGGUCCCCAUUGCCCAUAGUGAGAGGAGCCCUGUUCUGCUUCUCAUGGGUGGUGGCAUGGGUGCUGGCAAGAGCACCGUUCUUAAGGACAUUCUUAAAGAAUCAUUUUGGUCUGGAGCAGCUUCAAAUGCUGUACUUGUUGAGGCAGAUGCUUUCAAGGAGAAUGAUGUCAUUUACAGAGCCCUUAACUCAAGAGGUCACCAUGAUGACAUGCUCAUGACUGCUGAAUUGGUGCACCAAUCAUCAACUGAUGCAGCAUCAUCUCUACUGGUGACAGCUCUAAAUGAAGGGAGAGAUGUGAUCAUGGAUGGAACCUUAUCAUGGGAGCCUUUUGUAGAGCAAACUAUUUCCAUGGCAAGAAAUGUUCACAAAUGCAGGUACCGAAUGGGGGUAGGCUACAAAGUUUCAGAAGAAGAUGGAACCAUAACUGAAAACUACUGGGAGCAAGUGAAUGAGACAGAAGAAAAUGAUGAAGCGGAGGAAAAUUGUAACGGAAAUUCUCGUCGCAAUCAAAAGCCUUACAGAAUAGAGUUAGUUGGUGUAGUUUGUGAUGGCUAUCUUGCUGUUGUUAGAGGCAUUAGGAGAGCUAUCAUGUCAGGCAGGGCUGUAAGGGUAAAUUCACAAUUGAAGUCUCACAAAAGAUUCGCUAAUGCAUUUCCAAGAUAUUGCAACCUUGUGGAUAAUGCUAGGCUAUAUUGCACAAAUUCCAUUGGUGGUCCACCAAAGCUCAUAGGGUGGAAGGACGGGGAUAACAAUCUACUGGUGGAUCCUGAAGAUAUCAAAUGCUUGAAAAAGAUAGCAAGUUUGAAUGCUGAAGCCGAUUCCAUCUAUGAACUUUACAAGGAUCCCAGCCCUAUAAUGAAACCUGGUUCUGUUUGGAAAGACAUUGUUUUGGCACCUUCAAGGUCAAGUGAUCAAAAACACUUGAGGGAAUCCAUUCAUAAAAUAGAGAAAACCUUGAGAAAAUAGAACACCAUAUUUUUGUAACAUAUUUUGCAGUCA